GACACAAGCCAGGAUAGCGAGCAGCAGGGGCAACAGCUAUGGCAUCAAACAUCUUAGUGAACAUCCAGGAGGAGGUGACCUGCCCCAUCUGCCUGGACCUCUUGAAAGAGCCCCUAAGCCUAGACUGUGGCCACAGCUUCUGCCGAGCCUGCAUCACUACAAACAACAAGGAGUCCACGGCAACCCAGGAAGAGAAGAGCAGCUGCCCUGUGUGCAGAAUCAGUUACGAGCCUGGGCACCUGCGGCCUAAUUGGCAUCUGGCCAACAUAGUGGAGCAGCUCAGAGGAGUCAAGAUGAGCCCAGAGGGGGAGCAGAAGAAAGAGCUCUGUGAGCGCCAUGGAGAGAAACUCCUGCUAUUCUGUAAGCAGGAUGGGAAAAUCAUUUGCUGGCUUUGUGAGCGGUCUCAGGAGCACCGUGGUCACCAGACCUUCCUCACUGAGGAGAUUGUCCAGGAGAAGAAGGUGUUGGUUUUUCCCUCUGAAGAAGCCAAAAACUUUUCCUGAAGAACCAAGACGUGUGUACCAAGCUCCGGAUCUGAGAGGGAUACUUUGCGAGGGCUUACUGGUGAGGCAUGGUCAGCCAGGUGGGUGACUAGGGGGUGUAGCAAUGGCAGGGAUCAAGUGAGGAAGAACCACAGCUUUUAGGCGUGGCCA